UCAUCCUACACCCGAUCAAUAACGUCGAGUGUCUUUGACUACCCAGUAGAAUACGGGCGACGAUAUCAUGCCUACCGGCAAGGCACCUACGCAUUUCCGAACGACGAGCCCGAACUGAACCGUCUCGAUCUGGCUCAUAUCCUCAUGUUCAAAUCCAUCGGCUACCGACUGUACCUCGCUCCUAUCAGACCAGAAACGACCCAGAGAAUACUAGACAUCGGGACCGGAACAGGGAUCUGUAUUCCUCUUCUUCCCACGGUAGCGGGUGUGGUCUAA